CUUACUCCAUUAGUAGUCAAUCGCCUUCCCUAGUUCUCUCUUCAAGCUACGCAGAAACCACCGUCUCUCUCUACUGCCUUUUCCAGAGAGAGAGAGAGAGAGAGGAUCCGUCGGUGUGCCGGGCACUGACACUACAACCGAUUUUCACCGGUGAAGUUUUCGCCUAUUCGUGUUGUCACACAUUCGGAUUCACAAGUGCGGAUUUGCUUCAGCUUCUUUUUUCUGGAAUUGAUGGAUCAGUACGAGAAAGUUGAGAAGAUCGGUGAAGGAACUUAUGGUGUGGUUUAUAAGGCACGAGACAAAGUGACCAAUGAGACAAUAGCUUUGAAGAAGAUCCGGCUGGAGCAGGAGGAUGAAGGUGUACCUAGCACAGCAAUUAGAGAAAUCUCACUCUUGAAAGAAAUGCAGCACAGCAACAUUGUCAAGUUGCAGGAUGUAGUGCACAGCGAGAAACGUUUGUAUCUGGUUUUUGAGUAUCUUGACUUGGAUCUCAAAAAGCACAUGGACUCAUCUCCUGAUUUCUCAAAGGAUCUACAUAUGAUCAAAACAUAUCUUUACCAGAUUCUCCGUGGAAUUGCGUACUGCCACUCUCACAGGGUUCUCCACCGUGAUCUAAAGCCACAGAAUCUGUUGAUUGAUCGCCGCACGAAUUCACUUAAGCUUGCAGAUUUUGGACUGGCCAGAGCAUUCGGUAUCCCUGUCAGGACAUUUACUCAUGAGGUGGUUACUCUCUGGUACCGAGCACCAGAGAUACUCCUAGGUUCUCAUCAUUACUCUACACCCGUUGAUAUUUGGUCUGUGGGAUGCAUAUUUGCUGAGAUGAUCAGCCAAAAGCCCUUAUUUCCUGGAGACUCCGAAAUUGAUCAACUCUUCAAGAUUUUCAGAAUCAUGGGAACUCCAUACGAGGAUACAUGGCCCGGGGUGACUUCGCUGCCAGAUUACAAAUCUGCUUUCCCUAAAUGGAAACCAACGGACUUAGAAUCGUUUGUCCCGAAUUUGGAUCCCGAUGGAGUAGAUCUCCUUUCUAAAAUGCUGCUAAUGGAUCCGACCAAAAGAAUCAAUGCAAGAGCCGCCCUGGAACAUGAUUACUUCAAGGAUCUUGGUGUCAUGCCUUAGGAAAAGGCUAUAAAAACCAGUAAUCUCCUUCAUUCUAUAUAUAAUUAUCUUUCAGUCUUAAUCCUAAGAAAAUGAAGAACACUAUUAAUGGGGUUUGUUUAUUCUUUCUUUUCCUACCUAUUCUAGUACGAGUGUGCUUUGUUUUUUUUUUUCUUCUAAGCUUUUGAGAUCAUUUUCUAUCGUUUUUUUCACCAAGAAGAAUAUUCCCCUAUAUAUGUUUUUUUUUUUUGCAACAUAUCAUAUUAUGACUUUGCUUCUUGUAUAAUUAAUAGUAGUGAUUAUCA